AGCUGGCUACCCAAAGUGGGGUCCCUUUCUUGACGUCUCCCCAUGAUGUCCCCUUCGCGCCUGCUGCUCCUUCUGCUUUUCCUAACAGCCCUGGAGGGUGGGAGCCACUCAGCAGAAGACGACAAUUUAUUGGUCUUCACUGUGGCUACCAAGGAGACUGAAGGCUUCAAGCGGUUCAGACGUUCAGCCCAGGUUUUUAACUACAAUCUCAAGGUCCUGGGACUCGGCGAAGAAUGGCAUGGCCGAGAGGACCAGAGAAUAGCAGGUGGACAGAAGAUCCGACAUUUGAAAUCGGCUUUGGAAGCCUAUGCGGACAAAGAAGAUUUAGUGAUCCUUUUCACCGAUAGCUACGACGUCAUCUUUGCUUCAGGGCCUGCGGAAGUCCUGAAGAAGUUUAAGCAGGCCAAGUCAAAAGUCGUCUUCUCCUCAGAGGCGCUCAUCUAUCCAGACCGGAGGCUGGAGGCCAAGUACCCAGCGGUCCAGGAAGGGCAGAGAUUCCUGGGAUCUGGAGGAUUCAUAGGCUACGCUCCGUAUCUCAGUCAGCUGGUGGCCGACUGGCAAGGCCUGGACAGUGACAGCGACCAGCUGUUUUAUACCAACGUGUUCCUGGACCCUGAAAAGCGGAAGGCCAUCAAUAUCACUUUGGAUCACAGGUGCCGGAUCUUCCAAAACCUUAACGGUGCUUUAGACGAAGUGGCUCUGAAAUUCGAAAACAGCCAGGUGAGAGUGCGGAAUCUGGCGUUUGACACCCUCCCGGUUGUGGUUCACGGAAACGGACCCACCAAGCUGCAGCUGAAUUACCUGGGGAACUACGUCCCUCAGUCCUGGACCUUCGAGACGGGCUGCACCGUUUGCAAAGAAGGCCUGAAGAAUCUAAGCGGCUUGAAAGAAGACUCGCUUCCUCUGACCGUGGUGGGCAUCUUUAUCGAGCAGCCCACCCCUUUCCUCGACCAGUUCUUCAAAAGGCUCCAGCUUCUCCGCUAUCCGAAAAAGAAAAUCCACCUGUUCAUCCACAAUCACGAGGAACAUCACCUGCCUCAGGUGAGCUCCUUUGUGGAGAAGCACGGCCAGGAAUAUCGCUCCCUGAAAGUGAUGGGGCCGGAGGAUCACCUGGAGAACGCCGAGGCUCGCCACCUGUGCAUUGGCCUCUGGAAUGUCCCAUAUGUUUCUGGUGUCUACCUGGUCAAGGGCAGCGUCCUGAGGUCGCAACUUGACCAGCUGGACCUUUUCCACCAUGGAAAACUGGAUGCCGAUAUGGCUCUGUGCCAUAACAUGCGUGAGCAGGGGGUGUUCAUGUUUUUGACAAACCAGCAGCUGUUCGGGCACAUCCUGUCCUUGGAGAAUUAUCAGACAAGCCACCUGCAUAACGAUCUCUGGCAAAUCUUCAGCAACCCGGCGGACUGGAAUGAGAAAUACAUUCACCCAAACUACACGGAUGCCUUAAAAGGCAAAUUGGUAGAAACGCCCUGCCCAGAUGUCUACUGGUUCCCGCUAUUCACCGACGCGGCUUGCGACGAGCUGGUUGAAGAGAUGGAGCACUUUGGCCAGUGGUCCAAGGGAGACAACAAGGACCAGAGGAUUUUAGGGGGCUAUGAGAACGUACCCACCAUUGACAUUCACAUGAACCAGGUCAACUUCGAGCGAGAGUGGUACAGAUUUCUCCUGGAUUACAUCGCACCCAUCACGGAGAAGCUCUACCCAGGUUACUAUACCCAGACCCAGUUUGAGCUCGCCUUCAUCGUCCGGUACAAGCCGGACGAGCAGCCGUCCCUGAUGCCGCAUCACGACGCUUCCACAUUCACCAUCAACAUCGCCUUGAAUCGCGUGGGGAUCGAUUAUGAAGUGAGUGUUAAGAACUUUAGGCCGGCUUGAAGGGGGGGCAACAUGGCUGAGUCCGUGUAGGAGGGAGAUGGAGAGGCAAAAGAGGGUGGACUAAGAGGGUUUGGGGUUUUUUUCCCGUUUCUGUGCUAAGAGGGCAAGGCCAGCACUGCGGAGAGGUG